CAAAGCUUUACCACCAAAGCCCCGACGUAGAAACCCAUUUUCCAACUCCCCACAGCCGCAAAAGCUCAUCGUCACAAUGGCUUCUCGCAUCGUCUCUCGCCGUUUCCUCUCCACCACUGCUCGCCGUUUCCAGGAGCACCAGAAGUCUGAGCUCAAGAAGGAGUCCCAACGCAACCCCGAGAUUCUGAUUCUCGGUGGUGUUAUGGUUGCUGCUCUUGGCGGUGCUGGUUACUACCUUGGCCGAUCGCCCACUGGCGCUACCUCCGAGUCUCCCGUUACCAUCGCUACUCACCCCUGGGAGAGUGGCAGCUCUGGCAAGUACCAGUACCACCCCGGCGGUGACCUCAGCCAGGCCCCCAAGGACGCUCCCAGCGCCCUCAACGUUGUCGUUGUUCCCAACGUCACCCUUCCUUCCGAGCUUCACGACAAGUACAACAAGUGGGGCAAGGACGGAUACCCUUAAAUCGACAUUAUUGAACGUAGUUAAAGCUGGUUACAUGUGUAAGCACAUGUUGUAGGGAAUGGGCGGGGAGAGUUCUGGGUUGGAUCAGUCAGUUCUCGCGCCCUGUGUAGAAAGAAGGACAGAGUGGGCUCAAGUUUAGCAACCACCCAUAGUUCACUUAUGACGCUUCGCGAUCUUUACUUGCUUUGUGUCUAACUAUAAUUUGUCUUUGUUGGUCUAAA